UACUUUUAUGGUAUAAAUGGGAAUUUUGGCUUGAUAAAAGCACAUCCCUGAUGUAAUAAGGAUUUGUGAUAAGAACUGUCAAAAUAUUAAGAUAUUGACUUAAAAGUGUUUAUAAUUUUUACAUAAUGGACUUUCAGUAAUCACAAAGUCACGAUUUCAUCAAAGGAGUACUUUACCCCGGCAUUUAUAAUGUCAUCUGUACAGCGGGCUUUUACUCAGAAAUUGAGUAAACAGCAUGCAGCUGAUGUUAGACGUCAGAUUGCUACCUCUACCUCGUAUUCACGUGAUCUGUCAAAGAGUGGCAGUUCAUUUUCAGGCUUUUCUUCCACGAUGUCACUGUGUGAGGUGUUAGAGCCUCUAGACUAUGAAGAAUUUUUGGCUCAACAUCAGUCAGUUCUUGACCGUGAUCCUCUUAAAUCAAUAUUAGAUUUCCCACCUGGGGAUGUUGAAUUAAAAGUUGUGAAAAGAAAAAUUAAAACGGAGGAGCCAGUUGUGCCUCAUGAAUCUAUGGAUACGGUAUCUCCUUACGUCAGAAGAUGUAUUGAAAGUUUUACUUCAGAUUGGGUAAUAGUACAUAGAAAAUAUAAACGUAGAGUUUCUCCCAUAGCGAGAGACAGGCUUCUUCAAGAUACUCCAAGACAAGAUUUUGAGGUGGAUCAAGAGGAUACAAAUGGUUCAGGAUCACCAAAUGAAGAAGAGGAUUUAUCUAAUUGUGGAGACACACCGAGAGGAUCCUGGGCAAGUUUGGAUUUAAGGCAUUCACAACAUGAUCCUCUUCUUCCAAGUUUGCUGGACAGAGUUUGUCCAGAGACCAUUGAUCAAAUGAAUGAACAAAAACGAUCAGAAGAUCGUCAAGAAGCAUUAUUCCCACUGUAUGCACCUCCAGCUUCUCCAGAUGAUGAAUGGCAGGAGAUUGGUAUAGCGCCAGAACCUACAGAACCUUUCUCACACAAAAUUCUUGUGAAGUGUCUCCAACUGAAAUUGGAAUUGGAGGUUGAACCUAUUUUUGCAAGUUUAGCUUUAUAUGAUGCCAAAGAAAAGAAGAAGGUAUCCGAAAACUUUUAUGUAGAUAUGAAUUCAGAAGGUUUAAAGAGAAUGCUUGGUGGUCAUAUUGCGUACAGUGAUGCCAGCACCUUGGCGAGAAGCUGUGUUAUGAGUAUCAGCAAGCCUAGUCCAGACUUAUUUUUAGUUGUUAGACUUGAGAAAGUAUUACAAGGUGAUAUCUCAGAAUGUGCUGAACCUUAUUUACGGGAAGAUAAAAAUAAAGAAAAAGUGAGAGCAGCUGCUGCAGCUGCUUGUGAGCGUUUGGGUCGAUACAGAAUGCCACUUGCGUGGACUGCCAUUCACAUUUCUGGCGUAAUAGGAGGUGGUGGAGAUACAGAUAGCACAGGAAGUGCUGGGUCUUUGGACAGGAAAUCAGGCGGAUUAGAACAGUGGCGUAAAAAAGUGGAACCACCUGCUAGAAGAGGAUCGUUAGAAAGAAGAAGUUCGGAUAAAAGACGUAGCUGGUCGCCGGACGACUUUGCAAAUUGUCUUGAUACAUUUAGACCCAUCACAUUGACUGUUUCAAGCUUCUUUAAACAAGAAAGUGAACGACUAAGAGACGAAGAUUUAUACAAACUUCUAGUCGAACUACGAAGACCUGGUUCUAACUUGAAACGACUAAAAUGCCUACCAGGUAUAUUGAAACUGGAUCUUAGCCCUAGGCCCGAAGAAUUGCCCAGGUGCUUGGAUCCUGAUCUGAGAAGGCUAAUGCCAUAUCCUGACGAAAAGAGUCGACCAGUUAAAGAGAUACUUGAAUUUCCAAGCGAAGUCAUUUCGCCAGAUUUAACGUACCGCAAUCUUCUAUACAUUUAUCCAAAAGAAGCAAAUUUCAGUUCAAGAACUGGUUCUGCACGAAACAUCGCCGUGAGAAUUCAACUCAUGGGUGGCGAACAGGAGGCUGAUGCGCUCACGGCCAUUUUCGGAAGAUCAUCCUGUCCCGAAAUGACUCACGAGUGCUUCACAUCUGUCUCCUAUCACAAUAAGAAUCCAAACUUUUACGACGAAGUGAAAAUCCGACUUCCCGCUGAUUUGAGUGCAAAGCAUCAUUUGCUGUUUACGUUUUAUCAUAUCAGUUGUCAAAAGAAGGUAGAACAACCGAACGUCGAGACUGCUGUAGCGUACACAUGGCUGCCACUUUUGAGAGAUGGGCAUCUACAAUCAGGCGAAUUCAGUCUACCGGCAAUGCUGGACCCACCGCCAGCAAACUACUCGUACAUUGCACCCGAUGUUCUUUUGCCCGGUACAAGAUGGGUGGACGCUCACAGAGGUGUCUUUACCGUAAUUCUGGAACCAGUCUCCAGUGUUCAUCCCCAAGACAAAUACAUUGACAGAUUCCUAUCGCUGUGUGGUUUCUUGGAAACCGGCCAAGUGCCCCCACGCAUCGGCGAAGCGGGAAUGGAAUCGGAAUUAAAAUCAGCUUUACUGGAAUUGGCAAGAGCAUCGCAUUCUGCUCUAGUACGAUCGCUACCUCAAUUGUUGGAUCAAUUAAUAUCCCUAUUGGUUCGACCGCCAACAUUACCAUCCCAGCCACUGAACGUGGCAGCUACGGUGUUCGAGGCUAUAGGUUUGUUGGUACGAAAUAUUACCAAUCUGCCUGAUGGUCAAUUAGAUGCUCACGGGAGACACGCCCUUCUGGCUACCUACGUCGCUUAUCAAUGCUCUUUACCACGAAUGACGCACGCUCCUGGCAUCGUGCGGGCUCAGAGCAAUCCUGACUUACCUCUAGAAGAUCUAGAAAUGGAGGUGCAUUCCAGAGGGUUGGAUCGAACUGCCUCGAUGCGACAAGAAUCACCUUCCAUAAAUAGCCAGCCUACCAGAAGACUUCUGCACGAAGAGCUGGCGUUGCACUGGGUUGUAUCUACAGGACAGGCCCGAGAAUUGGCUGUUACAUAUUCUUGGUUCUUCUUAGAAUUGAUCGUUCGUUCUAUGGUUGUAACAUUAUCGGAAAUAGGGAUGUUGGAGGCUCCGCGAAAGUCCAGGUUCUCCCCGCAAUUCUGCGACGACAUCGCUACACUCACUGCGGCGUUAACAUCAGAAGUGAUUUCACGUUGCGGAAAGGAGAACAGAGUGCCUAAUAAUCUGACCUCGAGCCUGGGCAAUUUUCUUUCUGAUCUACUGUCGGUGAUGGAUAGAGGAUUCGUUUUGUCCUUGGUUCGUGCUGCCUGUUGCUCUCUGUCAGAUGCCUCUAUGCACAUUCCAGAUUCAGCAGCACUUUACGCGCUGAAAUUAGACCUCGUACGAACAAUAUGCUCUCACGAGCAUUACGUGGCAUUGAAUCUGCCGUUUGGAACCGGAUACACGUCGGGAUCCGCACCAGCUUCACCCAGCCCGUCGACUGGUAGCUCUGGUAGCCUAAUAUCUACUUUAGUACCGGGAGAUCGAGCCAGAUUUUCCGAACUCAGUCAAGAAUUUCGACAGCAACACUUUUUGGUAGGAAUUGUUUUAUCUGAUUUGUCGAACACUCUAGAGAUACCGAAUCCUAUGCUUCAAAACAAAGCCAUUGGGACCAUCCGACAUCUAAUGGCGUGCCAUGACGUUGAUUCGCGAUAUUCCGAUCCUGCCGCGAAAGCCAGAGUCGCCGCUCUCUAUCUACCACUUCUGAACAUUAUAAUGGAUGCCCUACCGCAGCUCUAUCACUGGGAUUCGAAGGACAAGAGUGUUUAUCCCGAUGAGUCUGGUUCUAUUACACAGUCUGUGGCUUUAGCUAUAGCGGGUGGAGUUUCCGCGGAGACGGCAGGAACUCAGUGUAGAGUUUCUUUGAGUUCAGAGGCUACGAGACAUCUCUUAAUGUGUGUCUUGUGGGUGCUCAAGGGAUUGGAACAGUCUGCCUUAGCACAGUGGUGCUCGGAGUUAAGCUCCAGGCGUAUACUGUGUCUCCUUCAAGUUCUCAACAUUGCCACUGCGGCUUUUGAAUACAAAGGGAAAAAAGCGUUGAAGAGACUACCACCGCAGGCUGCGGCCACAAGCGAUAUUCGAUCUAGAUUGGAGGAUGUGAUUCUUGGUCAGGGAAGUGCCAGAAGCGAGAUGAUGUUGAGAAGAAAGGAAAGAAUGAGCGGGGACAAACUUAGAUGGCGUAAAGAUCAGAUGCCUUACAGAUCUUGCGAACAAUCGGAGGGAAGAGCUGUGGAGCAAGAUGCUCAUAUAGAAGGUGCCUUAGCAGCGGAAGCCUCUUUAGUGGUUCUGGACACUUUGGAAACAGUUGUCCAGGCUGAUGGAGGAGGAGGUGCAGUUGUAGGAGCUGUAUUAAAAGUGCUUUUGAGAGCAUUAGCAAGAAAUCAGAGCACAUCCGUGCUACAACACAUGUUUAACACUCAGCGAGCUUUGGUAUUCAAGUAUCACAGUGCUCUGUUUGAUGAGGAAAGCGAAAGAUGCGGCGAUCUGUGUUUGACAUUACUCACUAGAUGCAGUUCACCUUUAAGUGCUAUCCGCAGUCAUGCUGCUGCCAGUCUUUAUCUAUUAAUGAGGCAAAAUUUCGAAAUUGGCAAUAACUUUGCCAGAGUUAAAAUGCAAGUCACGACGUCCUUAUCAGCCCUUGUCGGAAGAGGAAGGGCUCCUAGCGAAGGAGCACUCAGAAGAGCGUUGAAAACAGUACUGGUGUAUGCUGAGAGAGAUACAGAACUAGCAGACACAAGUUUCCCAGAACAAGUGAAGGAUCUUUUGUUUAAUCUGCACAUGAUACUGUCCGAUACUGUCAAAAUGAAGGAAUUCCAGGAGGAUCCAGAAAUGCUUUUAGACCUUAUGUACAGAAUUGCAAAGGGAUAUCAAGGUUCACCAGAUCUUAGACUCACAUGGCUGGCAAAUAUGGCUCAACAGCACAUGGAAAGAAAAAAUCACACAGAGGCAGCUAUGUGUUUAGUGCAUAGUGCUGCUUUGGUAGCAGAAUAUUUACACCUUUUGGAGCCAGGAGGUGGAGGACGGCCAGUAGGAGCAGUUGCUUUAGCUCCUGUUACUCCAAAUGCAUUAGAAGAGAGUGCAGUAGGUGAUGACGUACUGGCAAGAAGAGAGGAAGGUUUAUGUUUAGGACCAGACUUCUCAGAAAGUGGUUUAGCUGGUUUGCUGGAACAUGCUGCCAGCUCUUUUCAUACAGCUGGAAUGUAUGAAGCCAUCCCUGACGUGUACAAGGUGUUGCUUCCAAUAGCAGAAGCUGCACACGAUUAUAAAAAACUGGCCAAUAUUCAUGGGAAACUUCAUGAAGCAUACACACGAGUAGAACAACUAGCGGGAAAACGAGUAUUUGGAACGUAUUUUCGAGUGGGAUUCUAUGGUGGCCGUUUUGGUGAUCUUGCUGGUGAGGAGUUUGUUUACAAAGAACCUACUCUGACGAAGUUACCAGAGAUAUUUUCAAGACUCGAAAACUUCUAUGCUGAACGAUUUGGCGCGGAGAACAUUGUGAUAAUAAAAGAUUCGAACCCUGUGGAUUCCAGUAAGUUAGAACCGGAUAAAGCGUAUGUCCAGAUUACAUAUGUGGAGCCGUAUUUCGAGCCACAUGAACUCAGGCAUAGACCAACUAUUUUUCAUAGGAAUUUUAAUAUUAAACGAUUUGUAUAUGCAACGCCAUUUACACCUGGUGGUAAGGCUCAUGGAGAAUUGAGAGAACAAUGCAAACGUAAAACCAUUCUGACAGUAGCUACGCAUUUUCCUUACUUAAAGACAAGAAUUCGCGUGGUUGCUAGAAAGCAAAUAGUUUUAAGUCCAAUUGAAGUUGCAAUUGAAGACAUACAAAAGAAAACUGCAGAGGUUGCAGCAGCCACUGCUCAAGAACCACCUGAUGCAAAGAUGCUGCAAAUGGUUCUUCAAGGUUGCAUUGGAACAACAGUUAAUCAAGGUCCUGCAGAGGUUGCAGUUGUGUUUCUUUCUGGAUUAAGGGAACAAAAUGCACAGCCCACUAGGCUGCAACAUAAAUUACGCCUAUGUUUCAAGGAUUUCUCGAAGAAAUGUCUGGAUGCUUUGAGGAGAAAUAAAAAUCUGAUUGGACCAGAUCAAAGAGACUAUCAAAGAGAAUUGGAAAGAAAUUACCAAAGAUUAACGGAAAGACUUUCACCUCUUAUUGCAUGGAGUGGGCCUUCAUUAGCAACUCAACAAAGCAUGCCAUCAACUUCACCACGUUGGUAAAGUGACUGAAUGCUACUGAUUAACAUUUGCCAAAGAUCAGUGAUACAAGUAUUUAAUGUUCAAAAAAUAUCAGCAUGUGCUUUUAUAUAGGUAUAUAUAUAUUGUAUUUACAUUCAUUCAUUUUUAUAAUGAUGAAGCAUUUUGACCUGCUAUACAGAAUGUCUGUCUUUGACAGUUUAAAAAUAUAAGACAAUUUAAUACUACGUUCAUAUGUAAAGUAAAAUUAAGACUAUAUUGAAAAUAAUUACUAGUCGAGUAAUUAGAAAAAGACAACUUGUUUGAUAUAUCAGACUUUUUGAUAAUAAUAAGAUGAUAGUAUUAUUUCUCAUAAGAAUAGUUAAUUCUUUUAAACAGAUGAAAUGAACACAUGGAAAUUGAAAUUUUGUUUUUUACACUCUUUUAUAUACAGUGCUUUUUUCGCUUUACGUGACCAUAGCUAAUCUAGGUAAGCAAAAAUGUCAAUACUAAAAAGUUAUAAAAAUUAUUUUCUAUGCCUUUUCAAUAAUAAUGUAAAUGAAUAUUAUUUUCAACUAUCUGACAUAUACAGUCAAUUUUCUAAUUACAUAAAUGAAUUGAUUAAUUAUAUUUAUAUUUUGCAUUGCAAUGCAUAACAUACUGCUUAGAGUAUAAAAGAUAAAUGUCUAUUUAUGUAUUUAGCUAUUAAAGAUGCUGUGAUUUUUGAAUUAAACAUGUAAUUAUCAGAAUUGCAGAAACUUAUAAUAAUAGCAGAGCUUUUACCAAAAAGAUUUGUUUUGUUUCGAAUAAAUUUAUUUAUUAAAUAUGAUUUAUAGCUUUAUACAAAGUUACUUUGGUUUGUGAUUGAUAUUUUAUCAUGUUUUAGUUCUUUUAUGACAAUAAUCUGAUUAUUGAAAUUUUUACUCUGACAAAUCUAUCAUUAAAAGUUUCUUCAAACAUUUUUGGAACAGCAGAACUGUUUGGUUCAAUUUUAGGAAUGAAGAAUGGGAAGUCUUGAUAUAAUUGACAAAUAUGCUUUUUACAAUGCUUUGACUUUUAAGCUAUAUAAGCUUCUAGUUGAAAACACAGGCAAUCUUAUUGUUUAGUUAGAUUAAUGUAUAAUUCAUUAAAUUACAAAUUAAUUAAUGUUUGGUGAUAAUUUAUAUGUAUACGUGCAUACAUACAUAUAUGUUGGUAGUAUGAUUUCGCAAAUUAAGAAAUGAGAUUGAAAAACAAAAGAAUUCGCAUAUAUCGUUUCGAUAAAAAUUAUUUCACGUAAUUAAGAGGCUGCUUAAUUGGCGAAGCUUCUUCAAAUAUUACAAAAUUAUAUUUUAAAAAAUCGUUACUUACAGUGAGGCAAUGCACGUUAUAUUCAUACGAAGUAAUUUAGCGAAACUGCCGUGAAUGUAAACUUUUGUAUGUUACAGAAUAUUUAAAAUAUAUAUCCAUUUUGUACUUCGCUA